AUGGGCUCCUCUUUGUGCGCGCAAGCGGGUGAUGAAUCCAUUUGCGCGAUGCAGUCGACGGUGCACCGAUGCUACUUCCCUCUUUGGGCGGUUAGGGUGUCGGACUUUCUGGACAUGAGUGGUCCACCGGAACCACACAGCGCAUUGCAAGAGAAAGGCUUGCUACAUGAAUGGUUUGCCGGUAUGUUUGUGAUUUUCAUCUCCCACCAGUGGCUAAGCGCCGCUCAUCCAGACCCCCAGGGUGAACAACUGGCAGUUCUUCAAAAGGCAGUCCGCGCUAUGAUCGAUGGAUCCUUGCACGUGACAGAGGACAUGGUGGCCAUGUCGGCCAACAUGGAUUUGUCCGCGAACACACGCCGGCACGUCGCCAAUGGGUAUCUGUUCUUGGAUUGGUUUGCGAUCCCACAAAUCACGGCGCGGCAGGAAGGGGUGAAUGAGCAGACGAUCAAGAGCGACGCGGCCUUGGCUGUUCAAAGCAUUCCGGCAUACGUGGAGCUCUCGAAUCUGUUCGUCGCACUGGUGCCAGAGUUGACGCACAAAGAUUCGUCACAGCUGGUAAAUUAUGCGACGUGGCUGUCUAGAGGGUGGUGCCGUGCCGAGUUGUGGUGCCGGCUACUGUCGAACAAAGCUGAUACUUCGGUCGUCAUUGUGCACUCGACCGCUUCGGCUGAGUUCAUGUUCCCACUAGAUUGGCAGCACAACAGUAUUGUGAACGGAGACUUCACUGUUGAAGCCGAUCGUGCUACGGUGGUUCAGCUGGGCGAAACAGCUUUAGACUGCAAAAUUCGCAAUUUGCGGGCUCAUGGCCCUCUGAGCCAUUAUCGUUUCUAUUCCGCUUUGCGCCCCAAACUCCUGUGCCAAAUGGGGCCCAACAGGGACCUCGGGGAGUUUCUGAACUACUUUCUUUUCAGUUCAUUGCCUGGCGCUGUGGAGGACACCAACAGUAUGAAUGCGACAAUGUGCGCUGUAUUGUCUGGCGACACCGGAAUCCUUAGUCUGCUGGCGGAGGAAAAGGCGGACAUGAAUCAUCCCAUGCACGGCCUCGGGGAUUUGGGAUACUAUGACACCCAAACGGUGCUGAUGGCAGCCGUAAAGUCACGACAAGACUCCUCGGUUCUGCGGACGCUGCUGACAUUGCGCGCCGACGCAAAUAGAGCUGCCAGGACCGGUUUACCCGCUCUGUACAUGUGCCGGUCGAGCGAGCACGUGAAGGUGUUGAUGGAAUACCGGGCAGAGAUGUCGAGCUACUUGCUGAAUGGCCCGGCAGCUUUUGCUGGCCCCGAGACGGUCCAGGCAUUCUUAGACCUCCGAUGCGACCCGAACCACGUCGACGACACAUGGUUCGGUCCUCUUCAUGCUGUGGCCCUGCUUUCUCGAAGCAACCGCCAUGCGGUUGACACCGCCAAACUCUUGUUGGAUCACCGUGCAGACGUGAACCAACGCUCUAUGAUGACAGGCUGGUUCCUGUGGGAGUGCCGGUGGGCUCGUCUCACCACAGCGCUCUUCGGCUGGGAAAACUGCAACACCAUGACCCGCGAACGCGCGUCGGUGCUUGGAGUCACACCCCUGGGCUAUGCGGCCCUGAUGGGGCAUGUGGGGCUCGUUCAACUCUACCUGGACCAUGGAGCCGAUGCUUCGCCCAACGAACGUGGGGAUUGGCCCGAAGAUCUGGCCCGGUACAACCACCAUCAUCACCUGAUCCCCUUGCUGGGCACCUUCUCAACAUAA